CAGCACGGCCAAUUGGAGAUCCUAACUGCCCAGCUACCUGAAUCAGAACCACGGUGGAUGGGGAGGAGGUUUAAAAUUGCAACCUUAAAGACAUUUUUCUGGGAAUAAACCCCGCUGAAUUGCACAGGAUUUACUUCUGUGUGGAACUGUUUAGGAUUGCUUCCUAAACCUUCUGUCCUCUGUUUGGCUGCCUGAAAUGAACCAGCAAACCUGCUAUUGGUCCUGGAAAUGUAUGCAGGUAUCUUCCCUGGCAGUUUCAAGUAUGAAAAACUGUGCUGUGGGAAAAAGUUUAAAUCUGCACCACCCUCUUAUUGAACUGAGGAGCAAAGCAAUCCAAACCCCAUCCUACAAAAUAGAGACAACAAAACUGAUCUACCGUACAGAGCUGUUGGCAGGACGGAGUUUCAGCAAGUCGGAAAUAUGAGCGAGUGGCAGAAGAAAACUCCUUUGGAAUGGCUGACAUACAUGAAUAAAGAAGUCACAGUUCUGGCUGCUGAGAAACACCAAUAUCAAGGAUGGGUCUUAACUGUUGACCCAGUAUCAGCCAACAUUCUUCUGGCGCAUCCUCUUGAGAAUGGAAAAAUGUCCAUUUCAGCAGUCCUGGGCCAUGCUGUGCAAGAUGUUGAAAUAGUGGCUGAAGCAGGUGACGAGAUGAAAGAGAAACUCGCACACCUCUUCAUGCCUGAAGAGAGGCAAAGGUAUAGUCAAGAGGAGGUGGAGAGAAAGAAGACCAGCCUGAAGGAUUGGCUGGAGACAAACCAUAUUCCUGUGAAAGAGCAAGGAGAGUCACAAACACUGUGUGUUGCAGGAGUAUUAACUAUUGACCCACCCUAUCGGGCAGAAGACUGCCAUAGUUCCAAUGAAAUAAUUUUGUCCAGAAUACAAGGAUUGAUACAGGGUUAUCUUGCACGUCAGCAAUGUCAGUUAUAGUUCUCAGGGAGUGGAAAGUUUAAUUUACUUGUAGAGUCAACUCACUGCCUUUUCUCUCCAAAGUAGGUCUGCCUUUAAAUUGUCAUAAUGUUUGGCACUAUUGAAGUGAAGAUCUGGCAUGCUACUUUUUAAAUACAUAAUAGCCUACUUUCUCUUUUCGUUUUGGGAUCCUGGAACAGGUCCUUCAACAAAAAAAUGAUUUGCAGGUUUGUUAUAUGAAAACUAUCCCAAGAAAAAUAUCACAGCUACUGGAACCUCUAGUCAUCCUUAUAUGAAAUAUUUAUGCAUCGUCUCUGUUGAAGCAGUCCAGACACGAUCCAUCAUUAAAUAUUCAAACGAGUGCAUCAAGCAGGUUCAAUUAGAGUUUGUGAAUGAGAGAUACCUGCACGUGCUAUGCUCUGCCUUUUCUCGCUGAUACUGGCUUUGUAUUGACCAGUAAGAGGUACAUCUAAAGAUAUGAAACAUUUGUUGGGCGUGACACAGUAAUGAGCCUUGUAAUUCUGCUAGUAAACCAAAGAUUAUGUAAAUGUGUUUUGAGAGGAGGCUCUUUUCUUUUAUGUUAAAGUGGCAAGCUAGCACAACCACUUAGAGAAAUGACCCAUUAUAUAUACAUUUAGUACUGUUAUGUGAAAAAUCAGUAACUGGAUCUUCUGAGGUAGUUUAAUGGUAAAGUGUGUGAGAGAGAUUAGUGCUUUGGAGCAAAGCUAGUCUGUGAGGGUUGUUUUAACCAUUUGACUGUACACUUGUUUACUAACAGAAAUUAAGUCAAUUUUGCACAGCAUAAUGAGUUACAAUAAUUAUAAAUGAUCUCAUUUUCCCUUUCUAUAAAUGGAAAAUAAAUUUGUUUAUAACGAUUGCAACUCGUUAUAAAUAUGCUGUGUAGAAUCAGGUUUAGGCUUGUUGAAUUCCUGCUGAUCCCAACAGACAAAGAACCAAGGCCCUGAUCCAAGGGUGAAAAGAGGCAGAAAUGUAUAGAUUUUUUAAACAAUACAUAAGAGUGAGUACCUAUCAUGGAUCUACUGGUCCUCUAAACCCUGCCCUCCUUACCAGCAGCAUGUACUAUUUGAGCAUCAACAGAACAAUUCAAUCAGUAUGCUGGGUGAGGGUCAAAGCUUGUCAUAACAUGAGGGCAAAGAAAGAAUGCAUUUGGAACAAUGAGACUCUGAGCAUAUUAUUCUCUUGGCUUUAAGGCUCAUUUUUUUCUGAACACCACUUUUUCAUAUGAUCACACCAGUGGUAUUUGGGGCUACUGAGCUCUCAUCAACCGAAGUCAAAUGUCUAGUUUUGAUGGAGUGAAUUGGCCUUGUACUUACGCUGAUGCAAAAAAAAAAAAAAAGGAAAAAAGAGAGGCCUGAGCUAUACAUUACUGCAGUAUCCCUUCAGACUUCUGAGCACUUGCUAUUAUAUCAGCUAAAAAGAAGGAAUCUAUCACUUAGGUUGUGCAAAUCCAUGCAAGUGUUAGGAGUCAGAGGCUGAUGCUUUGUCAAGACAAGCAAUGCUGAAUGAAGUGCUGAAUUUCUUUUGAUAUGGUUCACAAUAUGCAGGUGUCACAUUUCAAGCAAAAUAAAGUAGUAAAAAAAUCUGUUUUAGUGAUCA